CGCAAUUUGGAAAUACAUCAGUUUUUGACUAAACAUCGAUUUACAAAAUGGGAAAUCAAUUAGUCGGUAUUGCGCCUAGUCAAAUAUUUCCAGUAGAACACUACUUGACGGACCAUAGUGACUUAUUAUUUGAUGUAAACUUAGGCAGUACUAGAUUUUUUAAAGUGGCUCGAGCCAGGAGCCAAGAGGGUCUUAUAGUGGUUAAGGUUUUUGCUAUACAUGAUCCGACGCUACCACUAUCCGCUUAUAAAGAUAAACUAGAAGAAAUUAGGUCUAAAUUAGCAUCUGCUGUGAACUGUCUACCUUUUCAAAGAAUGAUUCUCACUGAAAAAUCAGGAUCGAUAAUGAGGGAAUACGUCAAGUAUUCCCUUUACGACAGAAUUAGCACCAGGCCAUUUUUAACAAGUAUAGAAAAAAAGUGGAUUACCUUUCAAGUUUUGUACGCGUUGCACCAAGCUCAUAAGUUUGGAGUUUGCCACGGCGACAUAAAACUAGAAAACAUUAUGAUAACCAGUUGGAAUUGGAUUUUACUCACGGACUUUGCAAGUUUUAAACCGACUUAUUUGCCCGAAGAUAACCCUGCUGAUUUUUCAUACUUUUUCGACACGUCUAGGAGAAGAACAUGUUAUAUAGCCCCUGAACGGUUUGUGAAAACAUUAUCCUCGGAAUUGAGCAAUACGUUAUUGUUAUCGGAACAAGAGUUAAAGACAGGCGAUUUGCAUCCAAUGAUGGACAUAUUUUCUGCGGGCUGCGCUUUAACAGAAUUGUAUAACGAAGGACACCCACCGUUCGACUUCUCUCAAUUAUUAGCAUAUAGGAACAAUGAGUAUUCGGUGAGCAAGCAUUUGGAUACGAUAGAAGAUCCAGGGAUACGCGAAUUGCUUGCGUCUAUGCUAGAAAGGAAUCCAGGAAAUAGAAAAAGUGCUGAAAUUUACUUGGCUCAAGCCCGCAAAAUAAUAUUUCCAGAAUAUUUUUAUUCGUUUCUACAAUCGUACAUGCUUAUCUUCUCUGCUGCCCCCAUCCUGUCGCCGGAUGAAAAAAUAAACAGACUGAAGAAAGAUAUUGGUAAUAUUAUCAAUAUUCUAAAAGCAGAGGAUAAUGAAAAAAUGAAAAGCGAUGUAAAAGCUACAGAAACUGUAGAAUUAACUAAAGACAAUUCCAGUCAUAGCGAAGAAAACAGUAUCGUAAAAGGGGACAGUAAUAAAUGUUCUGAUAAAAGUAAUUUAAGUAAAGCGGACAUAAAGUCUGUUUCGUUGCAAGACGCUAAAUCGAGUAAUCAAACAGAUCAACAAUCAGAAACUAUGGUACCUGAAGAUCAGAAACAGAGUUUGGAGGUAGAAAGCGAAAAGAAUACUAUUUCAUGUCCAGAACCCCUAGAAGGUUUGGUUAUCGUAACUCAACUUGUUACCUCGUGUAUACGAGGUUUACAUCAUUCCCAAUCGAAAUUGCAAAGUUUAGAAAUACUGCUCGAACUGGCUGAAAACACAUCAGACGAAACAAUAUUGGAUCGAAUUCUGCCUUAUAUUUUUCACUUAGUUCAUGAUCCUGCUCCAAGAGUAAGGGUAUCAGCUAUACACACUUUAACAAAAUGUUUACAUCUUGUAAAAUCAAUUCCACCGUCGGAUGUGAACAUUUUCCCGGAGUAUAUUUUACCGGGUUUAGCGCAUAUUACGCACGAUGAGGCAGUUAUUGUCAGAGCUGCUUACGCGGAAAAUAUUGCACACUUAGCUCAUAUUGCGCUACGAUACUUGGAGAAUUCUCACUUAUCUAAUUUAGGUAAUAAAGAAGGUCCAAAACCAAGUUACGACAGCGAGCUUCAGACAUUGCAUGAAAUGGUGCAACAAUCCGUGUCCAUGUUAUUAACAGAUCCUCAAAAUUUAGUAAAGCAAACGUUGAUGGAAAGUGGAAUAAAUAAGCUUUGCGUAUUUUUUGGAAAACAAAAGGCCAAUGAUAUUUUGCUCAGUCAUGUUAUUACUUUUUUAAACGACAAAGAGGACAAAGAAUUGAGAGGUUCAUUUUUCGAGUGUAUCGUUUGCGUAGCUGCUUACGUUGGCUGGCAUAGCAGCCCUAUACUUAUGCCUCUUCUCCAGCAAGGACUAGCAGAUCCCGAGGAAUUUGUAAUAACAAAAGCUAUUAACGCUAUGGCGACCCUCACGGAAUUAGGCCUCUUACAUAAAUCUGCUCUGUACCAACUUUUAUACGAGACCAUGGUUUUUAUAGUACAUCCAAAUUUAUGGAUAAGACACGCAACUGUCGGGUUUAUAUCCGCGGCGGCAAGAACGCUUAACUUGGUGGACGUUCAGUGUAAAGUUCAAACGAUGAUUCAACCGUACUUGAAGCACCCAUUGAUUCAAAUAGAAAAAGAAAUUUUAUUGUUAGAAGCUUUGGUAUCUCCUAUACCAAGAAUCGUUUAUGACUCUGUUGUAAAAUACAAUGACAUAGAAGAACUGUUUCAAGUUCUUGAGCAAAGGCAAGCGGCUCGAGCUAAAGCGGUAACAGGAAUAGUACCGCAGUAUAGCGAAAUGAGCACAUCUCUACGAAACCUUUUCAGACGGUUAAGUUCAGAGUCGAUGACCGAAAUAGUCGAAGACCACUUACUAAUAAUGCAACCGCAUUUAGUGAAAAUUAAUAAAUAUCGGAACUCGGCGGACGCGAAACAAAGCACUAUCAAAUCGAUAGAUGGAAAAUUAGAAUUAAGUUCCAUGAAGGAUAGGAUACGACAUCACAUAGUGAUCUUAUAUCCUGACACUAAAGUUGAUCUAGGUCUUCCGCCGUUUAAACGACUAGAUUCCAGGACAUUGGAUACCGUAAGCACAUACGCAACGAUGAAUCAAGAAUGGCGUACAAUGUUCGCGGCUCAAGACAAUGUUCAACAUACUGUUAAAAUAUCGGAUAUGACAGGAAGUAGCGGAAGUCCUAGCCAAAGUUUACACGGAGGGGAUAUACAUUUAUCGCCUCAGCACAGUCUGUCCGAUAUGAACAGUAUAAAUGAUCACUCUCUUCACGAACGUUCAUACAUUCAAUAUAGGUGUGCACCUUGUAGAUUAGAAGUGAGGCAACUGACGUACAGAAAACAAGAACAGCAUGCUGCGGCGCUUAGAGCACAACAUUGGGCGGAUAACAUUGCAUGGCAAACUGGUUCAAGAUUAUUACCAAAUGGAUGGAGACCGCGGGGAGUACCGGUUGCUCAUCUUCAUGAGCACAGGGCUGCUAUAAAUAGGCUAGUGUCUAUACCGGAUACCAGUUUGUUUGCCAGCAGUUCCGCGGAUGGAUGCAUCAAGAUAUGGGACGCCAGUAAAAUGGAAGGUCGAAACAUAGCCAAUCGUUCCAGGCAAACUCACAUGCACAGAGGCGGGCCUCUAGUUGGUUUGGCUGUAUGCGAUCAGGGACAAUCGUUGGCAAGUUCUGCCAGCCAAUCGGGCACAGUGUUCGUUUUACGGAUCGAAUCAAAUUCUAGUAAAAUGAGCGUCAUUGGAACCAGACAAUUGGAUCUUCAGGAAGAAGGGUGUGCAGUUGAUCUACAGUAUUUAGAUUCUGGAUCGCAAUCGGUUCUCGUGUAUGCUUCGUUGUAUGGAUCAUUGGUGGGUUGGGAUUUACGAUGCCCCGGCACAACGUGGCGUUUAGAAAAUGAUCUAAAGCACGGUGUGAUCACCUCGUUUUGCGUGAAUAAUUACCAACAGUGGUUGACCCUCGGUACAAGCUCGGGCGUGCACACAUGCUGGGACUUGCGAUUUCAAUUGCCGAUAACCAGUAUUAAGCAUCCCACAGGUACGAGAGUGAGGAAGGUGAUCACCCAUCCAACGGAGCAUUCGUGGAUAAUAUCAGCCGUGCAGGGUAACAAUGAGAUCUCCAUGUGGAACCUUGAAACUGAUUUUCGACAAAUGGUCCUAUGGGCGUCGAGUGCACCGCCUCUCAGCCACUCGCAAGGUGGACACAGCGUGUGUGCAAUGUACUCCGCGUGUAUUGAUCGUUCAGGUUUUCUGCUGGCUGGUGGUACUGAUAUGCGAUUACGGUUUUGGGACUUGAACACUCUAAACGAAUCGUACGUCGCGCUACCCGCGGCCAAUGACGUUACAUCUCCAAAUUCAUUAGCAUACGAACAACGUUUAAUAGAUGGUACCAACGUGGUGCAAGAGGUAUUGGCCGGCGGUUGUUCCACACCAUCGUCCGGGGGUGGCAGCAGUGUUCGUACGAGGAAUUCCGAGGAAGGUGGUCAGGGUCCCGAAACACCGCCAUCCGGACUUCACGAUAUAAUCUCGGCUGUGUCGAUGUCGAACUCGUGUAUCCUAACCGGCAGCACGGAUGGCUUGAUACAAGUUUGGAAAUGAAUAUUUCUCGGUUGGUUUGUAUCAUACUCCAAUGUUGCAUACGGCGUUCAAACAUUUUUAAUGCGUCUGCGACAUCUACUAUGGGGGAAAAAAAGAAAUUCGAUCGGACAUCGAAAUUUUGUACGAACGAACUCGCUACGUUAAUUCUGUGAUUUUUAUUUGUACAUAAUAUGUAACAUAUACAUAAUACGGUAUUUAUUAUGAUCAUCGAUAGUCAUAAUAAUAAUAGCGAUAAUAUGCAUUUCUUAAAACGGAACGUAACGGUUGCGUUUACCUGAAUACAGUGGAUCUUGUGUAAUAUAAAUGAUUUAUUUUUCUACUUAAAGAGGAACACCGAGAAAGAAUUUGCUGUAUUGUAUGAUAAUAUACAAAGAUGAUGAAUUAACGAUAACUUAUAUUUGGAAUUAAUAAUAAUAGCAACGACUAAUCGCGAACGACACACGCUAGGGAAAAAUUAUACAAUCAGCGUACAAACGAAUACAUCGUGAAAAAAAAUUCUACCUUUAGUACAUAUAAUUUAUACUGACAGGUGUAUACUACCGUACUUCUACGUCGUUAGUUCAAUAGUUAAAUUGUAUACCGACUGAAAUACUCAUAAGUAGUGGAUAUCUUCGUACUCCCUGGAUAUAGUUACAAUAAAUUCAUAUUU